CAAUAAACAAUCCCGGAGUAGGCCAGCACAAAGUUGAGAAAGUCCAGAGCUUUGAACACCUAAUCCACCAUUAAAAUAAAUUCAACCAUCAACGACGGCCCUUCUCCCCCACACCCCCCUCCUUAUAAUUAAGUCCACCCCUGCACACUCUGGUAAGCUCUACAGCCCAUUGCGUUGCCUGAAUCCACUCCGCCUUUCUCGAUCUUGACUUAUCGUCUUCAUCUCCGGGAGUGGGCUCUGGUGGGAGUGGAGUGGACGGAAUGGGUAGCUACCGUUUGUGCCUCUGCUUCACGAGGAAGUUCAAGAUAACGGAGGCGGAGCCUCCGGAGGAUGUGAGGGAGGCCUUCAGGAAGUACGCCGACGGCGGCUUCCACAUGACCGCGGAGCAGUUCCAGCGCUUCCUGGUGGAUGUUCAGGGGGAGAGCGGCGCCGACGCCCACCGGAUCAUGGAGCAGAUCCUGCACCGCCGCCACCACAUUACCAAGUUCACUCGCCACACCCUCACUCUCGAUGACUUCCACCACUACCUCUUCUUCCCCGACCUCAAUCCCCCUGUUGGAUCCGAGGUUCACCAAGAUAUGAACGCUCCGUUGUCGCAUUAUUUCAUAUUUACGGGCCAUAACUCAUACCUGACGGGCAAUCAGCUGAGCAGUAAUUGCAGCGAUGUGCCAAUCAUAAAGGCACUGAAGAGAGGAGUCAGAGUAGUCGAGCUUGAUAUAUGGCCCAACUCUACCAAGGAUAACGUGCACGUUCUUCAUGGGAGAACUCUCACAACUCCCGUGGAGCUCAUAAAAUGUCUCGGAUCAAUUAAAGAGCAUGCCUUUUCUGCAUCUCCAUAUCCAGUCAUUAUAACUCUCGAGGACCAUCUCACUCCAGAUCUUCAGGAUAAAGUAGCUAAGAUGCUCACUCAAACAUUUGGAGGCAUGCUGUACUACCCAAAGUCUGAAUUAAAGGAAUUUCCUUCACCUGAGGAUAUGAAGUAUAAGGUAAUCGUCUCAACCAAACCACCAAAGGAAUACCUUGAAGCUAAAAACGCACAAGAGGAAGGUGACAACUUACAUAAGGAUAAGGAUUCUGACGAAGACGAGUGGCAAAAGGAGGCACCAGAUGUGAAAGCUGAUCAGCAACAGGCCGAUGACGAGAGUGAAUUUGAAACAAGUGAACAUAAUCAAGACAAUGAAGAAAGUGACGACUGUGAACUUGAAUCAUGCCCAUUAGUAGGACCUGUUUACAAAAGUCUAAUUGCUAUCAAUGCCGGAAAACCAAAGGGUGGAUUGAAGGAGGCUCUGAAAGUAGAGAUCGAUAAGAUCAGACGUCUCAGCUUGAGUGAGCAAGCACUUGAGAAAGCUACGGAAUCUCAUUCACUGAACAUCGUGAGAUUCACUCAGAAGAAUUUCCUGAGAGUAUAUCCCAAGGGUACACGGUUCAACUCCUCUAACUAUAGGCCAUUCAUUGGUUGGAUGCACGGUGCUCAAAUGGUUGCAUUUAAUAUGCAGGGUUAUGGUAAACAUCUUUGGCUGAUGCACGGAAUGUUUAGAGCUAACGGUGGGUGUGGCUAUGUCAAGAAGCCUGAGAUUUUGAUGAAUGAUAAUAUGGUUUUUGAUCCCAAAGCAAAGCGAGAUGUGCAGAAGACUCUGAGGGUGAAAGUAUAUAUGGGGGAUGGGUGGCAUUUGGAUUUUAAGCAAACCGACUUUGACAUGUAUUCUCCACCAGACUUUUACGCCAGGGUCGGCAUAGCAGGAGUCAGAGCGGAUACAGUGAUGAAAAAGACGAAGAAGAAAGAAGAUAACUGGAAUCCCGUUUGGAACGAGGAGUUCACAUUUCCAUUGACAGUUCCCGAGCUUGCUCUGUUAAGAAUCGAAGUUCAUGAGUAUGACAUGUCGGAGAAGGACGAUUUUGCAGGCCAAACUGUUCUACCUGUCUGGGAAUUAAAGCAAGGGAUCCGAGCCGUCCAGCUCCACAACCGCAAAGGCGAGAAAUACAGCUCCGCGAGGCUUCUCAUGCGAUUUGAAUUCAUAUGAUGCGAGCAUUAUUGGUUUUCCUGUCCUCUUCCCGACUAAUAAGCUUUUCUUUCCACGAGUUGGGCUGCUCCUCUUUUGUUACUUCGCAAUGUAGUCUUUGCUUCCCUUCAGCUUUCAUUCACUUUUGUUGUUGCUGUUAUUUCCCUAUGUAUUAAUUUGUCAACUUUCUCUCCGAAUUCGUGUACGGGAUCGUAGUGACACCUGAAGAGUGGAAAUAUAUCUGUAUAUUCAACAGUA